CUUUGGCAGUCUGCAGGGCAGUUGCAAAGUACGUACUCCGAAGAGGGAAAGUUUUGAAGCGCCAGGGCGGACAGGUAGCGACGAAAAGCGACGAAAAGGGAGGUGCUAAGGACUGCUUUAGCAGCCAUCACGCAAGCCCGAAGCGUGCACAUGAGGCGUAGGGUGUGCAGAAGGAGCCACGCCAAGAUUGGCCGCCAAAGUGGAGCCGUUUGAUGACGUCAGGUCUAGGCCGCAACCCCCGGGAGAAUGGGUCUCCUGGGAAAGAGCAGGAGCAGGGGUCCGAACAUGUUUCUCAUGCCGCGGCAGUGGCAACUAUCAGCAUGGAUCCCACUGCUGCGGAGGCAACAGAUGACGGGACAGGAGAGGAUCAGAGGCAUCAGACAGGGGCGGUUGAUGGACCUAGCAGUAGUAGCGAUAACAACAGGAUUGUGGCAGAGCCUCAGCAGUCUGGUCAGAAGGGGAGUAUUCAUGCCGCUGACCGUGUGAGGGGUGGAGAUGCAGGGGUUAGCACUCUAAAGGACCAGGAGGGGGACAACAGCCGCAACGCCUCGGGGGAGCUCGGUAGCUCGUCUGGCAGCAACAGCCUCGACGAUGGCAACUGCAGCAAUACUGCGGAGGGGGGGAAGGAGCAGCAGGAUGGGAGCAGCAAGCAGGCUGAGAAGCAGCCCCCCCUGCAGGGUCAGAAGUUGCAGCAGGCGCCAGGGCCAUCCCCCAAGUCCCUGGGGUGCGGUAGUGAGAAUCGGCAGAAGGGGGGCAAAGGGGGGGGUAACACGAAGGGGGGGGAAGAGGAGGAGAAGGAAGUGCAGGGGAAAGAGGAGCAGGGGGCGGGGGAUCAGGAGGAGGGGGGGCGGCCGGUGUUAAAGAAGCCAGACAAAUUGGAGCCCUGCCCGCGCUGCGACAGCUAUGACACCAAAUUUUGCUACUACAACAAUUACAACAUCAAGCAGCCACGCCACUUCUGCAAGAACUGCCAAAGGUACUGGACUGCCGGCGGCACUCUCCGCAACGUCCCGGUCGGCGCUGGCCGCCGCAAGAACAAGCACAAGUCCAUCCAACGCCUCGGCCCCGGAUCAGGCUCCGACUCAGAGCUCGUCAUCCCGUCUUCUUCCGGUGGCGAGGACUACCUCGUGCGCAGCGGAAGCCUGCGCUCCUCCAAUCCCUCCCUCAACGCCACCACCUUCAAGCCCCCCGCCUCGCAAGGCUUCCAGGGCCGCUUUGUGACGUCAUCCAACCCGCCUCUCUACGAUUCCGGCACCAACGACAAGAGCGGCGUCACGCACAAGCGCGACGGGACCUCCGCCGACGAGAUGCAGUCCGGGGAUCAGUUCCGGGGACCGCACUACGGGGGGGCGGCUGAGGCAGGGCCGGAGGCAGACCCCCGGCGCGCGAAGCGUGUCAAGCGGAACCCCCCCCCCGAGACGGGGGUGCCCGUUGGUCGGUUCGGUCGGGGCUUCAGAGAGAACUCGGAGUGCAUGUCGAGCCAGGCCGACAACCGUGACGGGGGGGCGUUUGUGGCGGACGCGAUGAUGUCACCCGAGAGCGCCAAGAACGCGCAGUGGCCGGCGCGUGCGGGGGAGGCGUUUGGAGGGCCGGUUACGGGAUGGAAUCAGGGGGCGGCUGUGCCGGCCACUCCUACUGGGGGGGCCUGGGCGCCAGGCAACACCGCCCCUUGGGGGGGGAUGUGGAACCAACCCUGGCCUUACCAGAUGCCGAUGGGCCAACGUGGAACGGAGGCGGGGGGGGACGACGAACCGGGGGGGGCACAAGUGAUGGCUACUCCGGGGGCCAACUAUGGCGCUUCUCCGCAGGGGGCAAACUGGGGCAUGGUUGACAACUCCUCGUUUGGGGGGGGUGCAAACUGGGGGGCGAGUCCGGUGAACGCUGCAAAUGCGGCAGCCGCGUGGGCGAACGCAAACGUGUGGGCCGGACUUGCGGCGGCGGGGAAUGCGUGGGGGCCCCCCUGGGCCGCCUGGAGCGUGUUUGGGGCGGGCCCGGCAGCAGCGGCUGCGGGCAUGGCGCCGAGCCCGCAACCGGCGCCGGGGGGGGGCAUGGGGAAGCACCGGCAGGAGGGGGGUGGAGAGGGGGAGACCCGAGCGGACGGCGUCUGGGUGCCCAAGAUUGUGAGGACAGAGCCGGUCCGGGGGAGUGCACCGUUGCAGUGGCAGCAGCAGCUGGGGGGUGGCGGGGACGCGGGGUACUUGGGUUUGAUGAAGAACGGGGAGAUGGCGGACUCGCCAGGGGGGCAGGAGGACGGAGUUCCCACCCCGCUGAAUCUGCUAUAGUUGCUGUGGUCUCCAGGUGUAUGUAUCGGUAGCGCGAUGUAGGUUACGGCGUUGCGUCAAAAGACGGAGGUCGGGCUAGGGCAAUAAGGAACUGCGGCCAUUGUGGUUUCACGUAUACAUAGAGCAGGUCGAUUUUGACGUAGCGGUUUGGACUGGACCGGCGACAGGUUUUACAGCUCCGCAAGCUGUGGGAACAGUGCCUUUAGCGCGGCGCAGACAUCAUGCUUUAUGUAAAGAACUCUUACUGCAUAAGAAUGGACAUAUGCUUAUGAACGCUGCACUUUCUGCAACAGAGUUUCUGGUCACAUCGAAUCCGCAC